AUGGGCCAGCGCGAGUUCGAGCACAAGCUGGCGGCGGCUGAGCGCAGUGGCGCUCGCGACAAGUGCGUAGAGCUGCUUCACUACGUCCGCAAGGAGAAGCUACGCGAGUCGCAGGCCGUUGCGACCAUUGGAAAGCUGCUAGUGACGAAGCACAGCUGGGGCGUCGGCGACGAGUUGUGGAGCAUUUAUGAACAGACAUUCAUCGCGGCCCUGGAUCUACACGACGACGAGCUGGCAGAGACUUGCCUGAAGGCUCUGCAGACCAAGUUCCCGGGCAGCUCCCGAGUGGCACGACUGGAGGGCAUGCAGCUGGAACAGAGUGGGGAGUUUGCUAAGGCCCUGGCGCUGUAUGCCGAGCUGUUGGAAGCCAACCCGGCCAAUGCCCUGGUGCUCAAGCGUAAGAUCGCGGUGCUCAAGGCUCAGAAGAAGGCAGCGGACGUGAUCAUAGCGCUCAACGAGUUUUUGCGGAGCUUUGGCACGGACCAGGCGGCGUGGACGGAGCUGGGUGAGACGUACCUGUCCAUGGGCGCGUAUCGCUACGCAGCCUUCUGCUACGAGGAGUUGGUGCUGCUGAACCCCAUGGACGCCAUCUCGCACAGCCGUCUGGGUGACGUUUACUCGACGAUCGGCGGUCUGGAAAACCUACUGAAGGCGCGUAAGCACUAUGCGCACUCAAUUGAGCUCAACAAGAAGCAGAACUUGCGCGCAUCUUUCUCGCUCGUGACGUGUACCAAGGCCAUCGCGACCCAACGUGGCUACCGCGCCGACCAGGACGACGACGGGAUCAACGAGCGACUGCAGAAGUUUGCGCUUGACUACAUUCAGGACUUUUACUCGGCGUAUUCAUCGCCUGAGCUCGCUGAGAUCGCGAGCACGGCGGUCACGGCGCUCUAG